AUGAGCUCAUCGACAUUGGAGCAGCUUAGAGAGUUUGAUUUAGUACUGGAACAAGUCAAAGAAAGGAGCACGGUACAACCGAAGUCGAAAAAGGGUUCGAAAAAGUCAAAAGACAAGACUGAGUCAACGGCGUCUACCAGCUCAGCUUCUGGAGAGACGUCUCGUGCCCAACCACAUAAGCAGCACCAAGUUCUCUACUCCAUCGGGAACACACAACCUUUGAACGUUUCUUACGUGAACAAAAAGUCAGCAACACCAGGUCCGUCAUCAACGUCAACACCUUCAACUUCGUCUUUCGCACGGUCACCUGAUUCUUCGGGUAUCGUUGACUCGUCACCCUCUUCAUCGUCGCAUAGUCAGAUCCCCCACACGGUUACCAGCGAACCAUCAACAUCUGACGCUCCAGCGCCAUCUAAAUCUAAAUCCAGUUCAAAGUCUAAAUCAAGACCAAAAGCGUCUUCGAAUCCUCCGAAUACACUAAAACUUAACACUACUCCUCCAAAGCCAUCCACACAAAAACCGGCUGAAGAUGAGCAGACUACUCAACGAAUUCUUUACAUCUUAGCUGAAUAUAAAGAACAGGUGGAAAAUUCUCCUGACAAAGAUAAACCUGCACCUCGACGAAGAAACAAUCCACCUUCAAAUCCAGGGUCAUCGAAACGCAAGAAGAGCUCUAGUUAUCGUCGCCGAGAUUUGAGUCCUGCGGAUGACUCCUGUAGGACAAUGGGGUCUGAGGACAGUAGCUGUGGUACAUCCCAGGGAGAUUGCAACGAUAGCUGCAUUGACAGCCAUUCCCCACAAGACAGUCCACGCAAAGUAGUGCGCAAACUUACUUUUGAACAGGAAACACCAACCACACCUCAACCUAGACCACAGCCACAACGUAACGUCAUCGUGGCUGAUGGUCAAACAAUCACCGUUGCUCGAGGCACGGCUGGCAAACCUUCCACAGCCGCCGUACUCAUGCCAGCUAAUUACAUUCUACCUGUUUCUAUGAUCAAAGGUGGCCAACAAAUUGCUAUAGUGACAAACAGAGGCCCGAAGCUACUUACAGUGGGCGGUGGAGAAGGUGGAGGAAAUGCACUCCUACUGCAGCGUCUUAUCGGUCCUGCUGGACUGAAGCCAGUGUUAGCACGGCCAGGGGUGCGACAUGUCCGCUUACCAACUGCGGCACUUCACAAUCUUCAAGCGUUCAACUUGGCGACUGCAACCACUGUACAGCCGCCAGAUAGUACCGCUUCUCCGGCCCCUGCACCAGCCCCGCCUGAGUUAAUUGAGACGAGAGCCAACAGUUCCCCAUGGAGAGAUCGUGAUGCGCAGGAUAUGAAGCCUGACCGAGGAUCCAGCCCUGACGGAGGAGAGCCUUGGCAUCUCCCGGCCACAGCCAAUCCUCACGACUACAGCUACGAGGAGGUGGUCGGACAGACAACAUGGAGCGCACUGUGCUUGACCCGAUCCCAGAUAGAUACAGUCCCGAUAUGGAGGCGCAAAGGAUUUUUGAUAAGAUGUUCGACGUCGAUUCAAAAAGGUCGUACAUGGUCGGUUCACACGACGAUUCGCCGCGAUGCGGCUACGAUAUAGACGCGUCAGAUUGCGACGAUAAGGGCUACCAUCAGGUUGUACAGAAGAAGGAUGGAUCACAGCAAAGGCAGCACCGUUUGAGUCACGUGUCUGCUGCGGCUUUGCGACACAAAUAUGCUGUUCUGGAACAUGAACUGAGAUUACAGGAUUUUCUUUCUCAGAAAUCGUUGUCGGAGGAGUGUGAGGACUUAGGCGUGGACUCUCCAUCUGCGUCGGAGUUAUUCCCUGAAGCUGAGCUGUUAUUCGCCGCCUCACCUGCGCAUGAUCACACCCAGGAUCAUGGUCACCAUUCGCAUACUCCACAACCAAUGAUGCAUCAUACCAUAUCCCAACCGGAUUUAGAUGACCAGAUUGCUACCGACCAGUUAUUACCUAGGACGAACAUGCAUGACGAUCAGAAUGACCUAGGUCUAGGUCUAGAAGACGUGGGCAUUGUCACUGUGAGUGAGGAUGGGAUGCAGGCCACUAUAGCGCUGGACCAGGAGGAGUUUGCCCGGUCUCAUCCUAAUACCACCUUCCAUAGUGAACCCACUGAUGAGGGAGAGGUGCAGCCAUUCACAAUAAGCGGUCUGAAAGGUCGUCACAUAACAUCGACGAUAUUCCACGCUAACCGCGCCCCCGGCACCGUCCUGAUGACGGCGCCGCAGACCACCGUCAUCUCACAGGCCACCGCCGAGAGUGGCGGACCACACAACACUGUCAAGUACUCCGACAUAGACAACAUGAUCAACUCCUUACCCGGACCACACACACAGAACAGCAUCAACUUAUCCUCAGUACUCGUCAAGGACGACGGACUCACAAGAUUCGACAGCAUUCUUAAUGACAAUAGAGAACUGCACCUCUCUAACACAGCGUCCGCCAUCGUCCACGCCACAGGUAACAACACCACACAGGUCAUCAGGCGAGUCUGCUACGGCAACAAGAGGGAACAAACUUCAAGGUUCCUUAUUGACGAACACGAAGGUCUCAUGCACAAUCACCACACCAAAAUGAUGGCCGACGACUCGAGAGAUUUUGGAGACGUUGAAGAUGAAGAGUCUUCUCCGGAGCGAACUGAACUAUUCUGGGAGUCGAACUCCGCUUCAGAACGUGAGACAAGACGCGCACUUGAUUUUAGUAGCGACAGCGACAAAUGUUGCAAGAGCCCAUCCUUCGAAGAGAAUAAUUCUACGGAUUCCAGCGGGAUUGGUGCUCAUAUGAGAUUAGACUCUGUUAUAAAAGAGGCGCGGGGCAUUGAGAGGCGUUGUAGUGCAGAUGGGUCGUCUGCGGACGACACUCACGCCCCACCGCUUCGUACGUAUCCUCCGAAGCGCAUGUACCAUCACGCGCUAGACGCUGGCGCAGCGCGGAGCCUGUCCGGGAAGACUCGGGCGGGCGAGCGCUCGCCUGAUAUGCACGCGGAGCGACACGACCGACACGAGAGACAUGACAGGCAUGAAAGACAUGAUAGACACGACAGGCACGACAGCGCGGAGGGCAGGCGGCGCGCGUCCGGCCGCGGCGUCGUGAAGCGCGGCUGCCACUGCUGCAACGGCGAGCCGGCCCCGCCUCGUCCCAAGAAACCCCGCCAGAGGAAACCCAACAUUGACUUUACAACAACCAACUGA